GACGGCCAGUUUUUAUAAAGCCUUUGCCUCUCAAGUAAAGUGUACGUCGUCGGUCGAGAAGAAGCUAUGGGCGCGCGCUCUUCUUCCUUGCUUGUUCUACUAUUUCUCGCAGCUGCUGGAUAUGCUGCUGCUGCUGCUGCUGCUGGUGGAUUAGAUCCAGGACAGUUUGGUCGUCGACUUCUCCAAUCUUCACAAUCCUGCUCAACCGACUUUUCCAAGGUGGAUUACUCGUCCGUGACCAGAGUCUGCAAGGCACCGUUCCCGACCUCGGCUUGCUGCCCGGCGUUCACGUCCCUGGCCUGCAAAUACAAGUCCCAAGUGAACGACUUUAGCACUACUUGCCCGAUCAACUUCAUCGCUUACCUCAACUUCGCUGGUCCGUAUCAGGACGGAGUGUUCGUCGGCCGCUGCACCAAAGGGACCUCCCUUUGCUAGAGUGUUGCCACCGAGAAAACUCCCGUCGAAAAUAUAUAGAAAGAGCUUGUUUUUCACUGCUAUAACUUUCGCCGGAGAUGCUGAAGGAGCUUUGGAAAGAUCUUGUAGAGGUUGGUCUUGUCAAUGUAGGCGCGGAUGCAAGGCU